AUGGCGGGCGCGUCGAUCGGGAAUAAGUUGUUUGACGUCGUGAGCGUUAGGCACGCGGCGAGGGAUCACGAGCGGGAGGCGACGUCGGGGUUGAGCGGCGUGCGGCGAUUGACGGCGGAGAAGAUGGAAUUGGACAUGGAGCGAUAUCCAAAGGCGAGGUGCUUGGAUGGGACUCCUGGGGCGUAUUACGUCAAUCUCGCGCCCAUACGCGUGCGAAACGUAGACGACGAGUAUCCGUCGGCGAAGCGGGGGAGCGUCGCGCGCGCGGGAGAUUCGAGCGGGGGAUCGGGAAGCGCGCGCGAGUUCGCGACGUCUAAGACGUGGGUCGUGAUGUUGCAAGGCGGUGGCGAGUGCACGAACGCCCCAGAGUGCUCCGAACGCUCUGGGACGGAAAGAGGAUCGAGUGAACUGUUGCCGGACGAGAUCGUGUUUGAUCGAGGCAUCCAGGCGGUGACGGCGGACGACGACGGCGAAGAUUUGCCGUUUUCGCGAGCCAACAUGGUCACCGUGGGGUAUUGCUCGGGUGAUGUGUACAUGGGGCGAUCUGACGAGGCUGAUGCGAGUGGGAUGUGGCACUCGGGCGCACACAUCGUCGAGGCUGUUUUACAAGAGCUCGUCCGGGCGUACAACAUAGAGGACGCGGACGUCAUCGUCUUGGCGGGCCGAAGCGCGGGGGGGAUCGGUUUGAUCGCGCAAGUGGACCAGUGGGCGGAACUACUUCGCACAAAGUUCAGCGCCAUAGCGCGGAGCACGGUGAAAAUCGUCGGUGCGCCGUUUGCUGGGUUUCAUUACUUUCAUAACGAUACGGAGGGCGCCGCCGAUGAUUCGCUCAAGUACGUACCGUGGGACGAGGCUUCGUUCAAGCAGUACGUAGACUAUUGGCACGCGAGCGAGAGCCUUCCCAAGGCGUGCGUCGAGGUGAAUCAGGACGCACCGUGGAGAUGUAUGGUGGCGGACUAUUCCUUCCCUCACACGCGAACGCCCUUAUUCUUUUCGCAAGCGCUUCUAGAUUCCGUCGUAAUGCGGUUGCACGACAAUUUUGGCGGCGACUUUACGCGACACAAGCAAGUCACGUUCGCGCACGAAUGGCAGUCGCAGAUGCGUCGCGUUCUCGAACCUGCGAUGUCACACGCCACCGCCGGCGUGUUCGCGCCGUCGUGCUACAUGCACACCGAUUUCGAUGGCAUCGUCAUCGACGGUAUCUCCCAUCACAGGGCGCUCGCCGAGUGGGUGUUCGAGAACAAACCGAUCCGUCUCAUCGACGAUUGCCGGGAACUGAUGUGCAACCCGACGUGCAGAUCGCGCGAUAAGUCGAGCACGCUCUCCAACGAUUUAGACGACGGCGCGCUCGGACACGCGUUCGAUCGCAAGCGCCGGAAGGACGAAGACGAGCUCUCCGCCGAAAAAGUCGCCGCCGAGCGCAAGACGGACGACGCGCGCGCGCGACGCAAAAGCAACCGCCGUCGCGCUCGGCACCGUCCAUCGGAUUGA